CGGCCCAAGCUCAGCGGGCCAUCUAUGGCCAUAGCCGCCUUAGUGGUGCCAGAAACUGCCGGGAGAGAGCCGUAGUGUGAUGGCCUGUCGCACCAGCGCUGCACGCCUGCUAGGCGUGGCACCCAACGCAAGCUCACGGCACAUACAAGCCGCCUUCCGCAAAAAGGCCCUGGAGACGCACCCGGACCGUAAGGGUGGCUCCGCUACUCAAUUCUUGGCUGCGCGCGACGCGGCCGAUCUGCUCCUGCGACCGGAAUCGCAGCCGUCAUACGUGCCGCCACGCGCCGCUCCGCAACCGAGUCAUACCACCGACGCACGCGCUGUGGCGCACCGCACCAUUCGCUCACUUGAUGAGGAGCUUGCGGCGGCGUUCGAGCGCGCGCGGACCGGACCGGAGCUCCGCGUUGAUCCAGACACGCUUCGAGUCGCGGGGGCGGACGAAUUUCCGAAAGAGUUCGAGCUCGACGAAAGGAAUCACGGGGUGGUGGGGCCACUACUCCGUCUCAGGCACGGCGAUCGCGUCAUCGGAUCCGUCGAAGCGGAUCGAGACGACAAAUUGCGCGUGUCGCUCUUCGGACGCGAUGUGGCGACGGCCGAGCGCUCGCCAAGCGGCGUAGUAUCUGUACGACGCGGUGCUGGCGCCACAGCAAGUCUCGCGCCGCGGCCAAGGACCUCAUUUUUUGAUGUAGCAGACGCGUUCGACACGCCCUGUGGUUAUACCUGUGUACGCGUGAAGCUGCCUGGUGUCACGCAAACGACGUGGCGGUCAAACCAUGGACUUCCCUGCACCGUCGCGAGCGUCGUGCGGGCGUGGAGGCCGCACCGCCGUUGGUGGCCGUUCGGCGCCGCCGAGGACGCCUACGCGAGUGACGGUUCGGCCGCCUCAACAUAUGUGGAACGGCGGGCCGGCGACGACCGCGCGAUUGCAGCCGCGGAUGCGCCGCCCCCAUUGGAUCCGGCCCUCGUCGUCGCCAAGGUGGCGUUCCAGGCCCUCGACCGCGAGCGGGUGCGGCUCGGCGCCUUUGUUUAG